GUUUAUUUUCAGGUUAUAAUUCAAUAUUAAUUGCAACCUAAACAUUGAAGUAUAGUUGGUGUACUCUUUGAUUGGAAAAAACCAAACAUUUAUACAUUUAUUAUCAGUGUCUUCGUCAAUAUUUCACCUGAUCUUUGUAGAAUUACCAACAGAAAUGGCCGACGUAAGGGAUAUUAUGGAACUGGAGAGACCACCAACUCCAGAAAUAACUAGAGAAACAAUAUUAGGUCCAGAUAGAUACAAAAAACGCAAUUCUACUGGGCCGAAAGUCUCCAAACGACCUGAAGGAAUGCAUAGAGAAGUCUUCGCCCUUCUCUACAAUGAUAACAAAGAUGCUCCUCCACUUUUCUCAUCAGACACAAUUGGAAACAAUGGUUACAAGCAGACUAAGAUCAAGUUGGGCAUGAGGAAACCGAGGAAGUGGAAAUGGAUGUCCUUUACAAACCCGGCUCGGACGGAUAACGCAACAUUCCAUCACUGGAGACGACCGUCUGACGAACCAAAAGAAUAUCCAUUCGCUAAGUUCAACAAGAAAGUGGACAUAGUGUCAUAUACAGAUGCAGAAUACCAGCAGCACCUCAAAUGUGAUACUUGGACUAAAGAAGAGACCGAUCAUCUGAUAGAUUUGGCAAGAAGGUUCGAUCUGAGGUUCAUUGUAAUGGCUGAUCGCUAUGAUUCAGAUCAGUUCAGUAAACGAUCUGUUGAGGAUUUGAAGGACAGAUAUUAUAAAAUCUGUGGAACUCUGGCAAAGUUGAAUGGUGAAAAAAGAGUAUACACUUAUGAUGCUGAUCACGAACGUAGGAGAAAGGAACAGCUAAAAAAAUUGUACGAAAGGAAGCCAGAACAGAUCGAAGAGGAGCAAUUUCUACUGGGAGAACUGAAGAAAAUAGAGGCCCGCAAGAAGGAACGUGACAGAAAAACUCAGGAUCUACAAAAACUGAUCAGUCAGGCCGAUAAUCAGAAUGAAACUCCUCGGAAGAUUGAUAAAAAGUUACCCAAGAAAAAAAUUGCGAAUCCUUUGAGGCCUUCUAGGGUCGAUCCCAAUAAUGGCUGUGAAAAUAAAAAUUUUUUUGAGCGUUUCAAUCUCGAUCAGAUGCUUCAAGAAAUGGGAUUGGAGUUGAACCCGACUCCAUCCGAAGAGAUAUGCCAGCACUUCAACGAAAUGAGGAGCGAUAUGGUGUUACUGAUGGAAAUUAAAGCUGCUUUGGCAACUUGUGAAUACGAACUGCAGUCUCUCAGGCAUCAGUUCGAAGCUCAAAACCCAGGAAAGAGUCUAGCUAUCCCGCCGCAGUUAUUGUCUAACACGGAAACUGAUGUGAAAAUUUCCACGAUUUCCACCGGGGAAAUCAUCGACGUUGUGGGAUCUCCGGGGACGCCUUUCAGCACCUAGCUAAGUGGAAUACGUGUUUGAAGAAUGUUUUCAUUGAACAAAUGUUAAAACAAGUCACAACAUAAUCUAAUUGGACUUGUAUAAAUGUUACUACAGUCUAUGGGAGUAACUUGAUAUUGGUUUGAAUCAUUUCUACAUAUGGACUGAUGGUUGCAAACCAAGAAAAGAGUAAUAUGAAGAGUUUUGUAAUUUUGCAGUAGAAGUUUUCUUUGUUACAAUUCGUCUCUAUUUCAACAAGUAGUCUGAUAUGUGAAUAAAAAUUGAUACUUAUGAAUAAGU